CUCCUCAUCUCAUCUCAAAACCUUGACAGGAGUUUGAAAUUUCCGGGCUUCAGUUGGAGGCAGCGAUUGGCCCAGGAGGAGCUUACCUACAUGCAAAUGAAGCAACGCAACCUUGCUGCCUCUGAUCCAGAGCGUGAGGAGGAGGACCAGGAAUACACUCAUGUUCCCCGAGCUCUAGAAAAAACACCUUCAACUCCUUCAAUGUUAAAACUCCACAAUUAAGCAGGCGAGGGGGAAAAAAAGAAGAAGACAAAAGCCGCUUUCGCAAUUUUUACGCACCAAUCGUGUAGAAACCAAUAACGGAAUACAAAGGGAACAGACAGAUUCAGUCAAUACUUCAAUACUGUUAUGAAGCGAGAAUGAGUAGCGCAGAAGACAGCGGGAGCAAGUGCUCGUCGGGCCCGAUUUCCAGCUUUACCAUCCAGUCUAUUUUAGGCACGCCGUCCGAUGCGCCGCGCUCCGGGACCAAAGAGCUCUCCAAGGGGCCGCCGCCGCCGCCGCGGAGGCGCUCACUCUCGGUGUCCUCCGAGGAGGAGUGCAGCGGCGGGGAGGACUCAGCAGACUGCUUCUGCUCCGACACGGGUCACAGCGAGCCAUGUACCCAGCACCGAGCCCAUAACUUCUCAUGUUUAGGUCCCGCUAAAGGACUCCUGUCUGGAAACGACGGGCUCGCGCGGCGGCCGCACCUGCCACAACCUCUGCUGCAGGAUUAUAAGGAGGAGCGCGAGAGACCGUGCCAUCAAAUGUCACCCAGUCUGUCGGAGGAGAGACAGACGGACGGUGCGGACAAGCAGGGCAACUCGGCCAAGAAGAAGACGCGCACGGUUUUCUCCCGGAGUCAGGUGUACCAGCUGGAGUCCACCUUCGACAUGAAGCGGUACCUGAGCAGCUCGGAGCGGGCCUGCUUAGCCUCCAGCCUGCAGCUGACGGAGACUCAGGUCAAGACGUGGUUUCAGAACAGGAGGAACAAAUGGAAACGGCAGCUAUCAGCUGAACUGGAGGCGGCCAACAUGGCCCACGCCUCCGCACAGACACUAGUGGGAAUGCCGCUGGUUUUCAGAGAUAACUCCUUACUGCGCGUUCCAGUUCCCCGGUCUAUCGCCUUUCCGACUCCCCUCUAUUACCCGGGGAGCAACCUGCCAGCGUUACCUUUAUACAACCUGUAUAACAAGAUUGAGUACUGAUUGACUCUACUGUAUGUUCACCACUGCAGUCCACGUAAAAAAAACGCAUUACAAAACAAUACAACAUUGUCAUAAGUGUCUCCAUAACCGCUGUAUAUUAAUUGUAUCACUUUAUUUGUUGAGGAAAUUCUUAUUAUGCAGCAACUGUACGUCUCACACGAAAGCAAUCAAGCUUCCCUAAAUGUAUAAAAUACACCAUGUGUAUAAUUAAUUCUAAUAAUUUUUGUACUUUUAUUUUAUUUUCCCUCUCCUCCCUUAACUGAUAAAAAUAGUGGAGUUUAGCAUUCAGAUCAUUCAAGAAAAAUGGAUCCACAGGAAAUGCUUUUACACUGUUUCUAUUGAUAAUUGGUUUGUCAGAUAUAUUGCAAAGCAUCAGUCAUUUUAGUUCACCUGACAGGAUCAAAACAAUUAUUCCAUUUCAGGAAAAAUAUCAUUGUUUCUAUUGUAAUUUAGACCUUCAAUAAUAACCUUCUCAUUCAAUAAAUUUUCUAUUUCAGUGAAAAUUGGGCUUGCUUGGUUUUAUUUUAUGUACAGUUUUUGUAUACUUGCAUUUGUAAACUAUUGACAAUGUUAACAUUUUAAUAGACAAAGCAAACACUUAGGCUAAUGUUAAAUUCGAAUAGUUGACAGUUCUUGUCUCCUGAAGAGCAUACAAACACUACACAAAACAAUUUUAAGGCAUUUUUUCGUAAUGAUCCAAUGUUAUAAUCUCUUUAUGUUAAAUGCGUAUUAUAUAGUUAGAAAUGAAUAGUGGAUUUUUGUGUUAGGGCCGCAGUAAAUCUCAUCUGAAUGGUUUUUUUUAGAGGUGCUUUAAACUAAUAACACCUGUGCUUUAACCACCUAAAGUAAGGGAAGACCUGGAAGAGUUUCUAAAACUACAGAUGUCUUCAUUAUGCAAAGACUUUAAUGUCAUACUCUCAGAUUUAUUUUGAAUUCAUAAACAGUGAGUGUUAGCACAGCACUCUUGCCUUCCUGUAAAUCAAGAGGUAGUUGAACUGAGAUAUCUGCCUUAUAAAGGUAAUACAUACAGAGGUAACUAAGGAGUAGAUAAAGCACAUUGCAGGCUGGGAAAAAGAUGCACACUAUCACAAGCUAAUCAUGCCUCUGGGCCGGAUCUUCUCUCAUCUGAACUGCCUCCUAGCAUCAGGCCUUGUAAGGGGAAACAUAAUAAAGAGGCAUAUUGUCAAAGUUCAA